AUGACAGGUCAAAUGCCAAGACUUUCUAAGGUCAAUCUUUUUACUUUAUUCAGUCUCUGGAUGGAGCUCUUUCCCAUGAGCAACAGAUCACAGGUGAAGAAGAGUGGUCUAGUUGUGGUGAAAAACAUGAAGAUUAUUGGUCUUCAUUGCUCCAGUACAGACUUGCAUGCUGGCCAGAUUGCACUCAUUAAACAUGGAUCGAGACUUAAAAACUGUGAUCUUUAUUUCUCCAGAAAACCAUGCUCAACUUGUCUAAAAAUGAUUGUAAAUGCCGGGGUGAACAGGAUUUCCUACUGGCCUGCAGAUCCUGAAAUCAGCUUGCAGAAUGAGGCAUCCAAUCCCAUGAGUACUGAUGAUGCAAAGCUAGAUGCCAAAGCAGUAGAGAGACUGAAGUCAAAUAGUCGUGCUCGUGUGUGUGUGCUGCUUCAGCCUUUGGUGUGCUAUAUGGUACAGUUUAUUGAAGAAACUUCCACCAAGCUUGAUUUUAUUCAGAAAAUAGCAAAAUCUCAGCCUGACUGUAAUACUGACUUCUAUACUGCAUGUAGACAGGAGAGGAUAAAAGAGUAUGAAAGCUUAUUCCUAAUUUCAAAUGAGGAAAUGCACAAGCAAAUACUGAUGACAAUAGGACUGGAGAACCUCUGUGAAAAUCCAUACUUCAGCAACCUUAGGCAAAAUAUGAAAGAACUUGUCUUGGUCUUGGCAACAGUGGCUGCCAGCGUCCCUGUCUUCGGAUGCUUUGGAUUUUACAAUAGUGAACCACAACGAACAAAUGAAACAGAUGAUCAGUGUUUGCCCCAAGACAUUGCAAGGCAUUGCAUGAUACAAGCCAGACUACUUGCAUAUCGCACAGAGGAUCAUAAAACUGGAGUUGGAGCUAUUAUUUGGGCAGAAGAAAAAUCAAGAAGCUGUGAUGGAACAGGAGCAAUGUAUUUUGUAGGCUGUGGUUACAAUGCCUUUCCUGUUGGAUCUGAAUAUGCUGAUUUUCCACACAUGGAUGAUAAGCAAAAAGAUCGGGAAAUCAGAAAGUUCAGAUACAUUAUACAUGCGGAGCAAAACGCCUUGACAUUCAGGUGUCGAGAAAUAAAGCCAGAUGAAAGAAGCAUGAUAUUUGUGACAAAAUGUCCCUGUGAUGAAUGUGUCCCUUUAAUUAAAGGAGCUGGUAUCAAGCAGAUCUAUGCGGGAGAUGUUGAUGCUGGAAAAAAGAAAGCAGACAUAUCUUAUAUGAAGUUUGGUGAACUCGAGGGUGUAAGCAAAUUUACAUGGCAACUGAAUCCAUUGCACACUAAUGCCCUUGAAUUCCAUGACCCUACAGCCAGGGAAAAUGGGGUCCAGAAAACAAAAUCUCUGGAUGAACAGCAGCACCAAAACAAGAAACUGUGUCUUGGUCACUACUGAAUAAUUAAGCACUUCUGCAGUCUUGCUCCAUACUUUUUAUAAUACAGCCUGUUUGCACUUUCAAAUAAGGAAGAGUUUUAUUUAUUGUUUGGAAAGUGAAUUUUAGAAUAAGUUUAUUUAUGAUGUCUUUAAUGUUUUAUGGAAUUACCUGAGGGUCUUUUAAUUUAGAAGCUCCUGGCGAAAAAAUGCUGCUUUUUUAUUUCUGUGAAAGUAACUGGGUGGCUAAUUAUUGUUAACAGGUUUAAAAAGUAUACU